AUGGCCAGUAAUGUUUCGCCUGCAGCAAUGGAUUGUUCGAAUGAUACGGGAACAGAACUAGGAACAAACGUACAAAUACCUGGCGGCGAAAAGAAGAUAUUACCAGAAGAACCUCAACCAACUGGAGAACCACAAAAUACUGAAAUGGGCUGUGGACUGACAAAAUCCGAUGAAUCAUCCGAUCAUGAGAAUGAUAAUCCAAGGAAACAACAGAAGAUUGAGCAAAAAAAACCUAAAGCAAAUGAUCAUGCUUUUCAACAGUCAAAAUCAACUACAAUUUCUCAGCCCAUGAGUGCCGACGAAAAUGAAGCAAGGAAUCAAUCACCUAAUCGUGUGACACGAGCUUCAGUUGCUUUAUCUAAGCUUAAUAUUAAGUUUGAAGAUUCUGAUGAUGACGAAAAUUCAUCGCAUUUUUCAUGGGCUAAGCGAGAUAUAGCCGAAUAUCGUAGUAAUUAUCCGGAUUCCCAGCAAAACAAAAGCGUAAAUGAUAACUAUAAAUUCUAUACGAACAAAAUGUUCUCGCAUCCUGAUGGAGAUUUAAUUGAUAAUAUACAUAAAUAUUGGUGGGGUGAUUAUCAUAGAUUAGAAAUGCAUCAUGGCUAUAUUCAAUGGUUAUUUCCAUUACAAGAGCGUGGCCUGAAUUGGUCUGCUGAAAAAUUACAAAAACAUGAGAUUGAUUUAAUUAAGCGGGAUGGUGAAGCACUAAAACGAAUAUUGAAGUCCUAUGAACUCAUGCUUGAUUUUUAUGGCUUUCAAUUAAUUGAUAAUACAACAGGCGAAUUACGCCGCUCAUCGGAUGAUUCGUAUGAAGAACGUUUUCGUAAUUUGAAUCUUUCAAGCCAUAAUUAUUUACGUAUUACUCGUAUUUUAAAAUGUCUUGGUGAAUUUGAUUAUGAAUAUUUGAAAUUUCCUUUUCUUGCAAAAAUAUUAUUCGAAAGUAUUACAGAAAAUACAUUACCAAAUUGUCUUCGUUCGUGUAGAGAUUAUUGGAUUGAAACAUUACGAAGUCGAGAGGAACGACGAACUAUUCGACGCUAUGCAAAAGAACUACUUGAAUAUCGAAAUAAGGGAAUUCGACCACCUAAAUCACAUCAUGCUGAACGACCACAAGCAGCACCAAAACAACGUAGAAAAUCAUCUUCAAAAGCAACAACAAGAAGUACUGACGAUCUGCGCUAA